AUGGAGACAUCAGCCAAAGUCACCCUUUUCGAAGAUAUUUUUGAAGUCACAGCGCUGAAUCCAGAUGGUUACAAAUUUGAGGGAGUGAACCGACUACAAGCGAUAGGCAACACAUUCAACUGCGACCUUUUGUUGGAUAUCAACUGCGCAAUUUAUUCUCUGAAAGAGACUGACAAGUUCACGCUUGUGCUUGCUUCCACUCUUCAUCUAGACGGAAGUCCAGCUGAUCACUUUUCCUACUCCGUUAGCAGUGAACCAACAUUGGCAGACAACUACGAAUAUGUCAUGCAUGGUCGUGUGUUUGAUAUCAGCUACCAAAAGGAUGGAACAGCAGUCAUCGCUUUCAGCUACGGUGGUCUGCUAAUGAGACUGACUGGGGACCAAAGAAACCUCACAAACAUUGCGCCAGAUAUGAGACUUUAUCUGUUGUUGAAGAAGGACUGA